GCUGAUAUCACGAUUUUUCAAAAUGUUUAAUUUUUAAAUGCAAAAAGAAGGUGCACUUUUCUCCCCUACUUUUAUUACCUCUUGUUUCUAAAUGUCCCUUUCGUCAGUCAUAAAGUUUCCAACAGUAUCCUUCAACCCUCAACCUCAAAUAACACUCUGUAAUGUUACUCUAGAAAAUCUCUCUGAUCUGAUCAAUCUUCAUACGCGCGUUUUCCCUGUACAUUAUGGCGAGAAUUUUUACGAUGAAGUGUUGCAUUCAGGAGAUCUCAGUAGAUUGAUAUAUUACAAUGGCGAGCAUGCUGGUGCUAUCUGCUGUCGUUUAGAAUUAACACCAUACGCAAAGUAUACAGGUAGAAUAUACAUGAUGACUCUAGCGAUAGAUCCGAAGUUCAGGAACAAUGGUCUCGGUAGUAUUUUAAUUCAAUACAUAAUGGAUGUUGCAAGGAAAAUCAGUAGUCCCAUCGUAACAUCACUGUAUCUACAUGUACAAACGAUCAAUGACUUGGCCAUUCGAUUUUAUGCGAAAAAUGGAUUUAGAGUACAGAGUAUGGUCUCUGAUUAUUAUAGGUUGAAUGAAAACAGAGAUGCUUACAUAUUGGUCAGGCCUGUAUUUCACUAGGAUGCCACCCUUCCUAUAAGGCUACGACCGCCAUUGAACAUACAAAUAAGAAAUGUUGUUACUAUGUAUUUACCGUUUUUAAUGAUUCGCUUACUGCAAUAUUCAUAUAUACCUCUUAUCUUUGAUCGUAAUGAAGAAGCCUCACCGAUACCACAUCAACAGCAUUCCCAGUUCUACGUCUAAUAAAACAUUUAGUAAUUGAUUAUUUAAAGGCUCUCAAAGCAUG